AUGCUCGCCAGAGUUCACAGACCUCCCAAGGAUGCGGCGCCAGAGAGGAAAUGGCAUUCAGACGAGGGACUACAGCCAACGAGGCCGACUCCCCGACCGCGUUGCUACGCUUCGCGGAUCGUGCCUAACGGCGGCGAGGAUUCUAGCGUUGAUCGCGAGUUCCUCUAUCAAGAGGCCGACUCCCACGGACUGAAGGAGAGAGACGCAUCCCGCCGCAACUUCGAGUUCCGUCCUGCCGAGUUUCACAAUGCCGAGGUGACGGUUAGACAACCUGAGACUCGUCCCGUCAGUCAAGAUCAAUUAGUAGCCAAUGUUACGGGCUAG